AUGAUAACUGGCGCUGAGGGCCGGCAAACACAUACUUUGUUGGACUUGAAGAAGCAGCAAUGGGCUAAGGAACGUGAGGAAAUCGCCCGCAUGGACGAGCUCAUCUCCUCCUCCCAUCAUCAGCAGCACUCGACCAUGGCGACAUCGCACCAUCACAAAAUCGAACGCACCUCCAUACGCACCUACUACUCGAACAUGGACGUAAGUCAGUCGCAAAUGCAUAAUCAACAGCGCAGCUCGCGCCAGCAACAGUUUCGACAACAGCAACAGCAUCAGCAGCAUUUUCAGCAGCCAAUACAAACCUACGCACCAGACCUAUUACCACGCUAUCCCCAACAUAAUCCCAACCCAUAUGCCGUGCCGCUCCCGCAUGCCUCACAGCCAGUUGGUCGUCAACAGCACCAAAUACAACGCGGCGGCAAUAGCUAUGAUAACGAGCUCGAAGGUUACAUCGAUGUGGUCGAUGAUGACCCAGACAUCGACGCUGAUUACGAAGAUGACGAACUAAUUGCUGGUUAUCAGCGCAGGCAACCGCCAGCACGACGCGCUUCAUUUAUGCCACGCGGCCCCGGGCGUCGCAAUCACACCACCAGCAUGAUGUCACAAAUUCCAGGACAACGCAAGUAUGCUUACGAUGAAAUGGCACUGCCUGGCGCGGGUUUACAAACAGCCAAGGCACGCAUGCAACAAGCAGCGCCAGCACGUAUGCCACCACAACAACAGCAACAUCACCCACAAAUGCGCAUACGAAGCCCCAGCUUGCCUGUCAUUCGUCAUGAGGACUAUCUGGCACGCCAGCCCCAAUCGAAGUUGGCUGCAGAGAAAAUACCAACACACGCUACACAAUUGGCACCAGCGGCAUGCGGUAUUGGCAUUCCUGUUGGUGCGCCUGGCAACGCACCGCAUCGAUCUAACAAUCCGAAUAAUCCAGGCAAUCCUGGUUGCCAGGAAGAAGACACCUCCGGCUAUCGUAGCGAUUCGCCGAAGAACCCACACACGCCGGAAAUUUGGUAUAAUGACGGCGCUAGCCUGCAAGGCAGUAGCAGCACAGCGAAUAGUGGCGGUAACGGUGCUGACGGCAGCGGCGUGGGAGUGAGUGCGGUUGCCAAUGUCACUAGUGUUGAUGGUCGUGUGGGAAGCGUUGAUGAAAUGAGCGAUGGUAAUGCAAGGCGCGCAAAAAGAUCGAUAAUAGGUCAACAACUCGCCAAAAGUCAAAACCAACAACAACAAGCGCAGGAGCGGCAACAACAGCAAGUAAUGAAUUCCACCUACGUCGUGGCUCACUCGUACAACAGCGGCAUGGAAGACAGUUGCCAGGGCAGCUACUACAUGUCCCCGCUAAGUCCCUCCAACCACAGCACACGCGACAUCUCCACCUCGAAUACAUAUCCCAUUCACCCGGGCGACCAAAACGAUUAUUUCGCAACCACAAAAACAGCACAACAGGCGCACGAGGAGCGCGAACGCGCCAAGUGGUCCAAUUACAAUAACAACAGCGUUCAUAGCGAGUACUCACUGAAGCAGAGCAACGGACCAAACUGGUUGAAUCGUGGACGUGGUCCGCACGAGCUGAAAGACAGCGAAGACGACACGCAAUCAAUGCACUCCUCCUACCUACGCGGUCAGAAUGCACCCGUAGAUCCGGUCACUAUGGCCGAACGUAUCGAUAAACGCCGAAAGGCAGCCGAGUAUCACAAUGCGAUUAAGAAACAGCUGCACGAGCGAGAAAUGCUGCGAAAGUGGGAGCUGGAGCGACACAAGCAGGAAGAAAUGCUGGAGGAGGAACGCUUGCGCAGGCAGAAGCAGCUUGAGCAAGAGCGCUUGGAGUGGGAGCGUCGGCAGCAAAUGGAGCGCGAGCAGGUGCAGAAGAAAAAACAGCAGGCAAUGUUGGAUGCGAUCGCGAAAGCAGAGGAGGCGGCGAAGCAGGAGAAACAACGUAAGCGGAAACAGCGUGGGCCAUCACUGGAGCAGGAAGUACAGAAGGACGAGCAAGCAAUGCAGUUGGGAGCUGAUGACAAGACAGCUGAGAAAGCAGAAACUAAAGAACCGAAAACGAAAGGUAACACAAGAAAAUCGAUUAAGAGAAAUGCACCGAUAAAGCAAGGCGAGGACAAAGCGGAGUUAAAUAAGCCAACUGAAACUGAUGGAAAGGCUGAAACCCCGCAUAAGGUACAAAGCGUAGAGAAAGCCACAGAGCGUUCAACCACUCCACCACCGGAAGUAGGGGAAGUGAUAAACUCACAAAACCAUGCUAAAAUAAUAAACGACAGAAAUGGAGCAGACAGUCAAGCUGAAGACGAGGGAGAAGAGAGGGUGCUCAUUGGCACGCCUAUAAACUUGCGUCGAAAUAUCAAAAAGAAAACUUUUCAUGCCACAGAGGUGAAAAAAGAACCGAAAAGACCACAGUUCAGCAGUGGUGUACAGGAAAACGUCGCAGUAAUCAUGCAACCAGCCACACUUAUACCACUGCCCGUGACCAGCGAUAUAUUUGGACUACAGAAUGCUAUAGGCAAUCUGCAGAUCGCCACCUACUGGAUGCAGCAGCAGCUAAAACCGAACACGGCCGCCUCGACGUUGGAUUUCUCAAAGACAACUGGCGAUGGUACGCAACGCACAAACACGUCUAUUUCUACCGAAGACGGUUAUCAAAUGGAAAGCAUCGCCGACGAUGAGCCGAAAAGUGUUGUAGAAGUUAGCGAGAAAGCUGUAGUCGAGAAGACAGACCCGACCACUAUUUCGGAAAAGGGCGGAAAGGAAGGAACAGGUCAGGUAGAGUUAGCGCUCAUGCCACUCGAGUCCUUACCACCAGUUGCUGCUGAUCAACUGAUUAUCAACCAGCAGGCACACCAGGAUGUGGAAACACAAACGGAACUACCACUUAAUUGUGAUUUGUGCCUCUUCCAUGAUAAUUUCUACAAAGUGUUGCUAAAGCGCGAAGUUUCGACCACAACGACAACGCAAACCUCGAAAAGUAAGAGCAAACCAGCCAAAGAGGCAGACAAAGACCAAGAAACAANAAAGGACAAAGAACGCGACCGCAACAAGCGCAACCCAAAAGAUGGCGGCCCAAGCAAUGCCAGCGUAAUAGUAAACACGCACAAUAAUAACAAUAAUCACAAGGUAGACAUCCGCCCCAAGUGGGGUGUCAAUCGCCCGGUCGUGCAAUAUGUGAAGGCUAGCGAACGCGACCCAUUCUACUUGCGCAACAAGAAGAAGCACACAAACAAUCAACACGUCAAACCGCCACGCUCGCAGUCGGUUGAUGCACGCUUAGACAAUGGCAUCAAUGAGGCGGACGAUGACGAUAACGAUGACGAGGGAUUACGUGGUUCGGAUAGCGCUUGUGAAGAUGACGGCAGUUCGAAUGUAGAGGAGGGUUUCUUACUGAAAGCACGCAAUGUUUGCACUGAAAUUUUACCCAUCAAAACAGAUGAAAAGGGGCGCAUAUUCUUGAAUUUCCGCGAAGCAAGUGCCAUUAUGAACGAAGACGAGAUUAAGGAUAAGUUGAGGCAACGGUAUUUUAAUUUUGGUCGCAUACUACCGCGACGUAGCUGGGCUUCAGCUACGCAGCAAGGCCUACAAUUUAGAGCCGUGGCUGCAAAUGCGGUGACAGUGCAGCCAACUGCGCAUCUGGCUGAUGAUUAGGAGGUAACUACAUAAGUAUUCAGCGGUUGGAUUUAUUUUGAAAAUAUUUGCAUGUAUACUCAAUGCACUUUGAAAAUGAGACAUAUCAUG